AUGCUGAGUUUUGCUGAGAGUGUUGGUUGGAAGAUGCAGAGACAAGAGGAAUCUGUUGUUCAACAGUUUUGUCAAGAGAUUGGAGUUAGAAGAAGAGUUCUUAAAGUUUGGAUGCAUAACAACAAACACAAUCUAUCCAAGAAGAGCAACAACGUUAAUAACAAUGUCGACGUUUCUGCUGAGAAUAACGACAUCAAUAAAGCCAAUGGUGGGAAUCUUGCUUCUAGUCCUUAG